CAAGUAAGUUGCAUAACCUUUGACCUUGGAAGAUCCCGAAGAAGACAGCACAGCAUGGCUCAAGACAAGAAACUUCCGUACAAAGUUGCCGACAUCGGACUGGCAGACUUUGGCCGUAAGGAAAUUGAACUUGCCGAGCAGGAGAUGCCAGGACUGAUGAUGAUGAGAAAGAAGUACGGACCUGACAAACCGCUGCAAGGAGCGCGAAUCGCGGGCUGUCUUCACAUGACCAUUCAGACAGCAGUCAUGAUUGAGACACUCACAGAGUUAGGAGCACAGGUCCAGUGGUCGAGCUGUGACAUCUUCUCCACGCAGGACCACGCGGCGGCUGCCAUCGCUAAGACGGGGGUUCCCGUGUACGCGUGGAAGGGGGAGACGGAGGAGGAGUUUGUGUGGUGCAUCGAGCAGACGCUGGUCUUCCCUGACGGACAACCUCUCAACAUGAUCCUGGACGACGGGGGAGAGCUGUGCAACCUCAUCCAUCAGAAAUACCCACAAUACCUUGCAGGUAUCAGGGGGAUCUCAGAGGAAACUACAACAGGUGUGCACAAUCUCCACAAGCUGACUGCAGCGGGGGAACUCAAGAUACCCGCCAUCAACGUCAAUGACUCUGUAACCAAGAGUAAGUUUGAUAACCUGUACGGAUGUCGAGAGUCUCUACUAGAUGGCAUCAAGCGUGCAACUGAUGUGAUGGUGGCGGGAAAGGUCGCUGUAGUAGCGGGGUUUGGGGAUGUGGGGAAAGGGAGCGCGCAGUCCCUGCGUAGUCUGGGCGCCCGUGUCAUCAUCACGGAGGCUGAUCCAAUCAAUGCUUUACAGGCAGCCAUCUCGGGAUAUGAAGUGACCACCAUGGAGGAGGCCUGUGUGGUAGGGAACAUUUUUGUGACCACGACGGGCAACAAAGACAUCAUCCGUGGUGAGCACAUGUUGCAGAUGAAGGAGGACGCCAUCCUGGCUAACAUCGGACACUUCGACUGUGAGGUGGACGUCCAGUGGCUGAAUAAGAAUGCAGAGAAAGUCAACAUCAAACCCCAGGUUGACCGUUACACCCUCCCUAAUGGUCGCCAUGUCCUGCUGCUGGCGGAGGGUCGGCUGGUGAACCUGGGCUGUGCCAUGGGCCAUCCCAGCUUCGUCAUGAGCAUGUCCUUCACCAACCAGGUCCUGGCACAGAUGGAGCUGUGGACCAGGGCUGACCAGUACAGGGGGGUGCACAGGCUGCCCAAGAAGCUGGACGAAGAGGUAGCUGAGCUGCACCUGGAGCACCUGGGAGUGAAACUGACACGCCUGUCUGAGGAGCAGUCCCAGUACCUGGGGGUCCCUGUGGAAGGGCCUUAUAAGGCAGAGUUUUAUAGAUAUUAGUUUGUACAGGGUUGGACAUUACUGUGCAAGUAUUUAGCUAUCACUAUGCAAGACUAGGAAGAGUAAAUAGGGAUGUCGAUUUUUCUUUUGUUUCUUAAAGUUGGUCAAGUAUAUAAAUUUUUACUAUCUGUAGCUUGAAAGAAAAUUGGCUUGUGCAAUAAUUUCAUUAUGUCUGUACCAUGCUAUACAAAACCUUAAAAAGUGCCUUAUGGUUAUGGCACUCUAAAAGUUUAUCAUCAACAUGUGAUGGUGUAAUCAUCGAAAAGAGAUUGCAUGUAUGUAUUCCAAUUUGGUACAUGAAUGACAGCUGUUUAUCAAAUGUAACAGUGGAGGAGAAAGAGUGCUAUGUUGUAAGACUAGUAUCCCUUAAAUUGAUAAAAACAUACUACUUAUAAUUAUUAUAACCAUUAUACCUCUGCUUUUGUAUGCAGAAACUCACAGAUUUUAACAGACUUUUUUAAAGCAAAACAUAAGUAUAUUGGAGACAACAUAGUUACUGGUGAAGUCUUUUAAUAAAAACACUCUGUGACUGUAACUUCACACAUUUUGGUCACACUUUGAGACCAGUAUUGCAGGAAAGCUCAUUAACAGUCAGAUGCAAGAAUCACAGCAAAGCCACUACAAAGUGAUUGUCUAUGCUAUCAACAAGUACAAGCUGCUACUUAACAAUUACUUCACAAAUAGCUCUUCAUGUAUCUGGUAACUAACAGAUUUCACUUUUAUUAUACUGCUGCUAAGUGAAAAUAACUGAAACAAAGUUUUUUUCAGUUACUUGUCCGCUCUGAAAUUUCAAACGUUUGUUUGUUAAAAUGUGCCUGUUCAAUAUCUAUUUCUUAAUCUGACAGUUUAGAAUUUCCAACUCCAAAACAUAUUGAACAUGGCAUGUUCUAUCACAGUCAAUCAAAAAGUUCACUUUGGUCUGUUAAUAUGUCACACUUUUGUGUGUUUGCUUGUUUCCAAGAUGAAAUCCACCAUAUAAAA